UAGUGUACUGGCUGAAAACAAUAAUACUAAAUAUGAAAACAAAGAAACUAUAUUAGAAGAAAAUAUUUACGCUAGUUCACGACCAUGUGAUGAAUUCUGUGAAACUACAAGCAGGAAUGGCAGAGAGAUACGAGGAAGGCCUAAGAGUCAAAUUUUGGAUGCAAUGUUACAAACACCUAUGCUACAAAUGUAUGCAAAUGAACCGGAUAUUUUUUCAAUACUUCGGGAUAGUUACGAUCUCCCUAAAGGAUUCAAUGGACCCUUAGCUGAAUAUGACUUUAUCGUCGUCGGAGCAGGAUCGGCAGGGAGCGUGCUCGCUUCCCGACUUAGUGCGCGGAAGAAGGCGACUGUCUUACUCUUAGAGGCUGGUGUAGGUGAAUCAAUAUUGACAGGGGUACCAGUCUUAGCGCCAUUGUUCCAACAGACGGAUUACGUAUGGCCAUACCUCAUGGAACGCCAGCCAGGAGUUUGUAUGGGUAUGGAAAAUGAGCGUUGUUUCUGGCCAAGAGGCAAGGCAGUUGGGGGCACGAGCGUAGUGAAUUACAUGAUAUAUGCCCGUGGGUUACCUGAAGAUUGGGAUAGAAUCGCAGCCGCGGGAAAUUAUGGAUGGUCUUACAGAGAAGUAUUACCAUAUUAUAUGAAGUCUGAAAGUGCAACACUCAAAGGCCAAUCUAAAUCCCCAUGGCACGGCCGAGACGGAGAACUUACAGUUGAAGAUGUUCCAUUUAGAUCAAAACUAUCGAAAGCAUUUUUGGACGGCGUGAAAUAUUUGGGCCAUCGAAUAGUCGAUUACAACAGCCCAGACGGAUUCGGAUUUAACUACAUUCAAGCGACGAUAAACCGUGGAGUCAGGAUGAGUAGCGCAAAAGCAUUCCUGCACAAACAUAAAAACCGAAAGAACCUACACAUUCUGCCAAAUAGUCGAGUAACAAAAGUUUUAAUCGAUCCUAUAACAAAGACGGCAUACGGCGUAGAAUUUCAAAGAAAUGGCCAAAUCUAUCAAAUACGAGCAAAAAAAGAAGUUAUUCUUUCGGCGGGCCCUAUUGAAUCUCCGCAUUUGUUAAUGCUCUCGGGCAUUGGACCGAGAGCCCAUUUAGAGUCCUUCGAGAUACCCGUGAUACAGGAUUUACCUGUCGGUCAAACGCUCUACGACCAUAUAUCAUUUCCGUCUUUAGCGUACACACUUAACACAACAAGAUUAACAAUUGCAUUAAGAAAUGUUGCACUCGUUCAGACUGGUGUGCAAUUGACACAAUUCGGAGAUGGCCCGAUGACAUCACUGGCUGGUGUCGAAACCAUAGGAUAUUUAAAAACAAACGUCUCCGAUGAGGUCGGUGAUUACCCUGAUAUUGAAUUAAUAGGAACUUGCGCAUCUAUGGCAACUGACGAGGGACAGUUAGUAUCGAAAGGCUCACGAAUAGCGGACUGGUUGUACAAUGACGUAUAUAAACCUUUGGAAAAAACUGAAAGCUUUACAAUUUUAAUGAUGUUACUACAUCCGAAAUCUAAAGGCUACAUGAAAUUAAAAUCGAAAAAUCCUUUCGAGCAACCGGCGUUGUACGGCAAUUACUUGCAGCAUCCCAAAGACGUUGCUACACUAAUAGCUUCUAUAAGGUACAUAAAUAAAUUGGUUGAAACACCUUCGUUUCAAAAGUACGGUGCGAAAUUACACAAGAAAAAGUUUCCGAAUUGCAAACAAUAUAAAUUCGACAGCGACAAAUAUUGGGAAUGUGCGGUACGUACUGUAACUUCGACAUUGCAUCAUCAAAUAUCUACGUGCAGGAUGGGCCCAGUAACAGAUCCUGAUGCAGUUGUGGACCCGGAAUUGAGAGUGUAUGGGGUUAGGAAUCUUCGUGUAAUAGAUAGCAGUGUUAUACCAAAGACAAUCGCUGCGCACACUAACGCCCCCGCAAUCAUGAUAGGCGAGAAAGGUGCGGACAUGAUAAUGAAUACAUGGGGCUUGAUUUAAAUGUACCCAUCAAGAAUCUAUGAGUAUUUUCUCAUAAAAAUGGUCUUCAACACACGUGUUAAUACGAAAGUGGGAUUCGAAUUGUAGUUUAUUCACAUGUUGGUUUUUAUGUUGAAUAGACCUGAAAAUGGUAGAGAGACUGUCACUGAUAAAUAAUAUAAGAAUUUAUGGAUCCUUUGACAUUUAAAUUAAUUUUGGGGCCGUGUUAAAAUACUAAUUAUAAAUAUUAAAGGUACAAAUACAGACAAUAGAUCCAUAAACAAACGUAACACUAUCAGCUAGUUAUUUUCCCUUUCGAAAUGUAAACGACAAUACAUUUUAGUAGCUAUUCUGUAACCUAUUUUUACUUACAAUUCUAUCGCUAAUGUAUAUCUUAUCUUUAUCUAUAUUUAAAUGACGUCAAUGGCCCCACAGCAGAAAGACGUAACCAAAGGCACAAAUAGCUCAUUUCUAAUAAAAAAACGAUAAAUUUUCUGGCUUACGGAUCAUGGCAUUAUUAAAUAUUACAAUUGAAACUCUUUUUUAUUAAACUAGAUGGUAUUUACAGUCAUAAUUAUUUAUGUCGGUAAUCGUAAUUGCAUAGGGAAUCCCCUUUUAAUAAGCGACAUAUUUAAUUCCAUCAUUGUCAGUCUGAAUUCAUCCACUGCUGAACAUACGUCUCCCUCCGUCGAUUGCUAUAAUGUCCAGUCCUGUGCCAUCUGCAUCCAAUACACUCCCGCUUGACCAUAGUCCAUCUGGCGAGAGGCCUACUAUAUAUAAUUCCGUCAUAAAUAUGUUAGUUGCAAAAAUAAUUUAAGUUAUGCAACUAAUGACAAUUCCGUUUAUGAUAAAUACUUAGCCCUUAUCAGGAAUGUUUUGUACGUUAUCUAAAAUGGACUGAAGAAUCCUAUCAACGUGUCUUUAUUUUAAAGUUACCAACUACAACUUAACAACAU